AACAUAACACCAGUGAGUCAGUGACCACUAACUAUUAUACCAAUUUGAUUUGAUAAUCAAAAUUAACCCCACUUCAAUGCACUUGUUCCUCAACAUAAUUACUAUGUCAACAACUUGAAAUUGCUCUUUCAUUAAAUCUAUUCCACAAACACAACAACAAUUAAAGGACUCAAUUCCUCUUUCUCCCAGCUUUUCUGUCAAUCCUGAUUCCAUACAUAUCAACAACAAACAGAACACAUGAAAUUAAUUAGGGUUUCAUAUGGCAAAUACACAGAGGUUAUUGCUGGAAAUUGGGGGAAUCGCAAUUGGGGUUUGCUGAAAAAGUUGGAGGGAAAGUGAAGCGGGCACUAAAAAUUGAAAUUUAGGGAUGUGAGAUUGUUCAGCAUUAGCGGCGACCUUUAAGGUUAUUAGGGGCGGAAUGGUCCGCCCCUAAUAGUCCUUUAUUUAUAUAUACAUGAAAUCCGGUUCAUCUGAACACCGCCCCCAAACCCCAAAAUCAUCUAUACCCUAAUUUUCCAUUUUCCUUCUUGAAUCCCAACCUCACCAUCAUUCUCACCUGAGUUAGGGCGCCUACCACAGAGUAUAAAAUAAUGGCUGCAGAUGUUGCAAGUUACCACAAUGGAGAUGGUAGCGGUAAGGACCCGUCUGAUCCUACUAGAGAUCCAAAUCAGUGCGAGUCUUCAGAAUCAAUUGCUCUCAAGAGAAAAGGCUCUGGUAUUGAGGUAACAUCAGAAGAGAGAAGUGGAAAAGAUAUAAUAUCACUUCCUAAUGUUGAUCAUAUUCAAAGACUUAGAAAACUGCUUGGGGGCCGCAUAUUGAAACGAAAAUCCUCUUCCCGUUACACUCGGUACACUCAUGCACGUACUCUACAAUCACCUGAUAAAGUACAAAGAUUAGAGGGACUGAUAAUUAGACUGCAAAAGCAAGUUCAACACAUUAGUCAAAAGGUUCAAACUAAGGAACAUUUGGCAAAGGACAACAAGAUAGAGGAGCUAAUUCAAAAGACUCUGGAUAUGCAUUCAACUAGGCCGUCUCAACCUCAGAUGCCUCAGCCUUUGGCAAGGCACUCUGACAUGCAUGGACCCUUAACUUCUCAGUAUCAGUGGCAGAUACCACAACCACCACCAUUGCAGCAGCCUCUUCCGAUGCCUUAUCACUAUCCCCACACUAAUGGGCCUUCGCCGCAGCAGCCUCCUCCACCCUAUUACUAUCCCCACACGUAUGGGCCCCCAUUGCAGCAGCCUAUGCCACCCUAUCACUAUCCCAACACAAAUGGGCUUCCAUUGCAGCAGCCUACACCGCCCAAUCAUUAUCCCAACACAAAUGGGCUCCCAUUGCAGCAGCCUACGCCGCCCUAUCACUAUCCCAACACAAAUGGGCUCCCACAGCAGCCUACGCCGCCCUAUCAUUAUCCCAACACAAAUGGGCUCCCAUUGCAGCAGCCUAUGCCGCCCUAUCACUAUCCCAACACAAAUGGGCUCCCAUUGCAGCAGCCUACCCCGCCCUAUCAUUAUCCCAACACAAAUGGGCUCCCAUUGCAGCAGCCUAUGCCGCCCUAUCACUAUCCCAACACAAAUGGGCUCCCAUUGCAGCAGGCUAUCCCACCCUAUCACUAUCCCAACACAAAUGGGCUCCCCUUGCAGCAGCCUAUGCCCCCCUAUCACUAUCCCAACACAAAUGGGCUCCCAUUGCAGCAGCCUACGCCGCCCAAUCACUAUCCCAACACAAAUGUGCUCCCAUUGCAGCAGCCUACGCCCAACACAAAUGUGCUCUCAUUGCAGCAGCCUACACCGCCCUAUCACAAUCCCAACACAAAUGUGCUCCCAUUGCAGCAGCCUACGCCCAACACAAAUGUGCUCCCAUUGCAGCAGCCUACACCGCCUUAUCACAAUCCCAACACAAAUGGGCCCCCAUCGCAUCAGCCUAAGCCGCCUGAUCACCAUCCCUCCAUGUAUGGGCCCCUGUCGCAGCAGCCCCCCAUUCCUAAAGUUUCGACCGGCCCAGACCCCAAACCUUGUCCUAGUCUCGUCCCUGACAAUACAAAAGAUGCUUGUCCAAAACGCGAGCAUACAACUCAGGACAUACUAGAUCAUCCUGAGUCACAAGCUGGAAAGAAAGCUCGAAAUAUGUUUUUGGGUUUUAAUAUAUGGGAAAAGCUCAAGGAAUUCUCUAAAAUGAACAGGCUCAAGAGAAGAGCUUUCUUUGAAAUUAGUGUUUAUAUGGUAGAAAAUGAUGCUUGUUUAAAGGCAUUUUUCAAUCGUAUGGAUGUUAGCAGCAGAGGAAUGAUUAACAUGGAUGAACUAAUAGCCGGAUUCAAACUUUCACUUCCAUGUCCAUCUGUUGAUCUUCUAAUGAAAAUUGGUGAUUUAGAUAAGGAUGGAUAUUUGGACUAUCUAGACUUUGUGAACAUACUUGUUAAGGUAAGAAUUCUAGGCAAUGAAAACAAGCACAUUCGUGCAGCCUUUGAAGUUUUCGACGAAAACCAAAGUGGAUAUAUAGAAAUGGACGAUCUUCGACAUUGCUUCGAUGAUGGUAUUAAUGUUGAAGAAAACAUUGAAGAAGUUGUUGAAGCCAUUAUGGAAGAUGUGGACAUUGAUAAGGAUGGAAAAAUAAGUUAUGAUGAGUUUGCUGCAAUGAUGAAAUCUGGUACACCAAAAGCACAGAGGCAGUAACCCCAAAAUCAGUUCAACACUCUCAGUUUAAUAUACUGAAAGAUAUGAUAAGAGUAAUUUUCUUUUGUUAUUGUUUUGAAAUGCUUCUCAGUUGAUUUUCUAGUUUAAGACAUCAUUAUGCUUUUCUUUUCUGAAAAGGGUUGCACAAAAUAUUGUUUGUUAUUGAGUGACUGAUAUGUUUCAUUGUCUUCUGUCACUCUUUCUCCUAGUAUUAAUUUAUUGAUAUCUAUCAAGAUAGGUGAUUUAGUUAGCUAUGAACUGUUAGGUAUAGAGUUUUUUUCUUAGUGCUAUUAGUGUUAUUGGGAGUAAAAGAAAAGGUGGGUCAGUGGCUCAUCUACAAGCUCUGCUACAAUCAGCUUUCUUUGAGAGUCUACAAAGUGCCUUGUUGGCUUGAACUGUUCUUAAAUACCAAAUUUAACAUAGAUUAGCAUAAAUAAAUGUUUAUUCUAAAAAAACUCAUGACACCUUAUUAUCAUUAUUAAUGUUACUUGUAUAAAUUUAUUGAUAGUCA